AUGACCUCCGUGGCCAACGAGCCGCCGCCGGCCGAGAAGAGCGAGUCGUACCCUGGCGGCUGCCACUGCGGGUACAUCAAGUACACCGUCGAGCUCUCCCCGCCGCUGUACGAGCGCACCGUGAACCAGUGCAACUGCUCGGCGUGCACGAGGCUGGGAUACAUGCUCGUUUACCCCGAGGACAAGUUUGUGACCUGGCACAACAACAGCGAGGAGCGCGUGGCGAGAUACGUCUUCAACACCAAGUCCAGAGACCACAUGUUCUGCCCCAAGUGCGGCACCUCGCUCGGCAUCGACUUUCGCGAGGUGCACCGCGCCAAGGAGGGCAAGCGGUACAUCGGUGUUAAUGUCCGCAACCUCGACAACGUGAAGCUCGACAAGCUCACCAUGGGCAGCUUCGACGGUGUCACGGCGCUCGAGCCGGCGCACGACACGGCGGGCACGUGGUGGGACGAGGAGAAGCAGGAGAUGCGUUGA